AAUAUAGCUCCACCUGAAUAAAAAUUAAAUUAAGAACCAACAUAACAAAUUUAGACAGACAGACUGAGUCAUCUUUUUCAUUCUUUAUUUCUUUCUGCAUGCAAAACCCUAAUCAAUGGCACAUUUCAAUUCUCACUUUACUUUUUCCUCACCAACAAUUCAAUCAUACCGUCCCCUUUUCACUUUACUUUUAUCACAACCGCAAAUUACGGUCAACAAUGUAAUAACUCAGUGGAAUGCGGACUCGGAUUGACUCGCUCCUUUUUGUGGUCCGAGUCACCAACUCGGACCACCUCCACCAUCAUUCCAACAAAAAUUAUGAAUUUUCACUUUUAUAUUUUGACCCUUUAUAAACCCAUUUCCCAAACCAUUCACUGACUCCAUUCUUUUAUAUUUUGGAUCUUUUUCUUAUGGAUCCGGAUUUAGUUACUGAACCGGUUCCGGGUACGCCCGGAAUUAGAGAAGUCCGGCCUGAUAUAGGACUGGGGAGGUUUGGGAUUUGUGAUCAACAGAAUGUGGCUAAUCAGGGAAGCAGGACAGUGGGAUUGAGAGGUGAGAUUGACACGUCAGCUCCUUUUGAGUCGGUUAAGGAGGCUGUGACCCGUUUUGGUGGAAGCGGGUCUUGGAUGCCUUAUUACAAGGUCUUUGAGGAGAUUGAUAUAAAGAAAGUGGAGGAACAGGCAGCAGAAUUAGAGAAAGAUCUCAUUGUGAAAGAAUUAGAGGCACUAGAUGUUCUUGAAGAGCUCGGAACAACGAAAAGAAUCGUUGAAGAGUUAAAGCUGCAGCUACAGAAAGAGGCGCUAAGAUGCAUGGCGAUCCCGGAUGAGAAUACGUCGAGUCCUGCUAUUAUCAAAGAAAUGAACAAGGAAAACUAUAGCAUUCAUGUCAGCAAUCGAGUCCGAGAGCAGAGGAUAGGAAGUUUGAGCCCCUGUCCUUCGUCUUCUCCUGACAUGAUUUUGAUGGAAUUGAAGCAAGCGAAAUUGAACCUCGGUAAAACUAUUAAUGAUCUUGGAGUGAUUCAAACUUCCGUUGAGUCUUUGAAUAGGAAAAUGAGGAAAGAGAAAACGUUUCUUCAGAAAAUGCGAGUGAGGCUAACGUCGAAAUUUGCAGGGGUGUUGUCUCUGGAGGAGGAGCUCAAACAAGCGAGAGUGAAGCAGCAUAUUUCUGAGAAUGCAGUGACUGAUUACAAGGCUGAGCAGUUAAAGAAAAUGGCUGCCGCUGAAAAGGCGGAAGUUUCAAAAGCAAUGUUGGCAAAUGAACAAACUAAGUCUAACAUAAAGACUGCUGAAUUGAGAUUGCUUGCAGCUAAAAAAAUGGAGGAAGCUGCAAGAGCAGCAGAAGCUGUUGCAAUAGCCGAAAUCAAGGCACUAUCAGGAAAUGAAACCUUGUCGGGUUUUGUACUUCCAGAGCCGGAUAAAGUAGCUUCAUUUGAUGCACGAACUCCACUUACCCCUACAGCACAAAAGGCUGAGGGGAUUGCCAAGAAAGUAGAGGCUGCCCGGCUACAAAAACGCGAAGAUAUCACUAAGAUGUCUAUUUUGGGGAAAUUGAGGGAAGCAGCGGAAGAAGUUAAACAAAGUAAACAAGCCUUGGAAGAAGCAUUAAACAAAAUCGAAAUGGCAAAUCGAAAGCAAUCAGCUGCUGAAGAAGCUAUUCGGAAAUGGAUACCAGAGAAUAAUCAGGACGAGCAAGCAGCAUACUAUGCUACUCGGUUCAGCAAUUUUCAUUUGCAUCAAUCGAAUAACGGUCAAGAUUCUCCAUUUCGAUUUAAUGAAAUGAAGGAAUCAAAUCUAGUGAGUGAUGAUCCAAAGCCUGUUUUAAGAUCGACAGUUUCCAUGCGGGAUGUACUAAGUAAAAAGCAAGUUUUGUCGGAAGAAUAUGCAACGGAAAGACCAGCAGAAGUGCGCGUAGAACGACAGAAGGUAGCAUUGAGUCAAAUGCUACACGAACUUCGAGAGGAUCUAACGUUUCAUCCGAGAGCAGAGAAAGACGGAAGUGGUGAUCAGAAACAAUGGUUUGCACAUAGGAGAAAGUUCGGGUUCAUUCACAUAUCAUUGCCUAUGACAAAACCUAGUAAGAAAAAGAUGCAAGAUUUCAAUAAUGUGAUGCACUAAUGUAUAAUGUAUAAUCAUGGCUGUGUAGUAGUAUUUUCUUUUUCUUUGUUUUCAUUGGAUUGAUAUUGAGUUAUUAUAGUAAUAUUGUUUAUGGUCUUGAGGUUUUGUUUAGAUACUAUUUUUUGUAAAGAUAUAUUGGCUUGGCCUUUGGUUUCUAUGUUCUAAUGUAUUUCAGCAAUUAAUUUCUUGGUUUA